CUUGCUAUAUAUAUAGAGAGAGAUGAGUUGAAUGCUUAUCAUUUUGUGAUAGACUAGCUUGAAUUGCAGAGAGCCGAGGAUCGGAAGAAAAAAAAAAACAUAAGAGAAGAAAGAAGAGGAUCGGAUCGAGGGAGGAAAUUAAUGGGAAACUGCCAAGCCAUAGACGACAAUGCAAGUCUUGUAAUACAACACCCUGGGGGGAGAGCAGAGAAGCACUAUUGGCCUCUGUCCGCCACCGAAAUCAUGAACACCAAUCCCGGCCACUAUGUCGCUCUUCUCCUUACCACCACCGCCACCACUCUCAACUCCUCCUCCGCGGCCGCCGCGUCCACCAAUAAUGUCCCGCCAGUUCAGAGGAUUACACGCAUUAAGCUCCUCAAGCCAACAGAUACUCUUGUUCUUGGACAUGUUUAUAGACUAGUAACCGCUCAAGAAGUAAUGAAGGGUUUAUGGGCAAAGAGACAUUCACAAAUGAAGCAGCAGCAGCAGCAGCAAUCAUCAUCAUCGUCAGGGCCAGUUAAGAAGCAUGAAAAACUUAUUGCACAAAAAUCAACUACUUCAGAUUCAUCAAACAGAAGAAGAGUUAACAUUGGAAGAUCUGAGCAUGAAAGAAGGCAUAGGUCUUCUUCUUCUGCAGCAGGAGGCAGAUGCAAAGCAUGGCAGCCCUCACUACUGAGCAUCUCCGAGGCCGCCGGAGUUAGCACCUGAUUAAUUACUCAAUUCCACUGUCCACCACAUACAAUUUCGAUCAAUUCCUCCGCAGUUAGUUAGUUUCUUUUUUUUUUUUUUUUUUAAAUUUGUACCACAUCAGAUCAAUAUAUAUUCUACUGUAAUCUAUCUAGCUUAAAUUAAUUAGCUAGCUUUAACAUUUGGUAUUAGCUAGCUAGUAGUGCAUAUGUACCCCUCAGUGUUACGUUUAUUUCAAUGGAAGAGCUAGCUAGCGAGCUAAUACCAAAAAAUUUAAAAUGUACAGCACAAGCUAAGUCAAAUGAAUUAAUUGGAAAUAAAGAAUGUAUCUUGCUUCAAUUCAA